AUGCACAUACAACCCAUCACCUUUACCUGAUUACUAUUACAACCGUCACAUGGUCACUUUUCCUCCAGAGCAACUGCACUAUAUAUCUGAGUACGAGCUAGAUAGUGAUCAUGGCUGGACCAGAUGAAGAGUGGUAUGUGGAGCCUUCGAGCUGGAAUUUUGUCAUUACUCCAGUGUCCAUCAUCUCGUUCAUUAUCGCACUGAUACUGCCGAAACUUCUGAGCCCGCUUGCUUGUGGUAUUUUUCAACCUCGUACCAAAAACAUCCCGCCGAAGCUGCAGACCCAUUUCCAUACCCUCAUAAGUUCAACCAUCCAUGCCAUCGUCGUGACUGUGAUUGAUGUGUAUCUUAUCCUGUCUGGAUCUCUGGGAACAAACUAUAUUUUCUCGAAAAACUCUCUGGGAUUCGCAAGCUUGCAAUUUUCAUUGGGAUACUUUGUUGGUGAUUUCAUUGUCUGUUUUAUGGAUCCCUACCUUCGCUCUGACAUGGGCAGUAUCUCACAUCAUGUUACAGGACUGUUAAGUAUUAGUUUUUCACUUGCUAAUCAAGGGAUAUUCAUGUACUUGAUCACUUUUCGAACAAUUGCGGAGCUCUCCACACCAUUUGUCAAUUUGCGAUGGUACCACUACCAGUUGGGAAACAAGGACAACUUCUGGUACAAGUUUGCUUCGCUGAGUAUGAUGGCACUUUUCUUUCUUUCUAGAAUAGCUACACUUCCUUACAAUUGGUAUGCCCUCAUUGUAACAUUGAUGGACCCUCAGUGUGCUGUGAUUGUGAAGAUUUACUAUAGAGUGUGGAUUGUUAGUGGAUACUUAGUAUUGGACUUUCUGAAUUUGUACUGGUUUUCGAAGAUGCUCAAAGGUGCUAGGAAGUUCUUUUCUCAAAAGAAGGACAGUUAAUCACCGACUGUUAUUAUAUAUACCCAUAUUUAUUUGUAUGACUAUUGCUUUAUGUGCUCCUGCUAUCAUAGACAUAGUUAUCCCCCAAAAAUUGUUGGGAGUAGCUAGUCAUUAUUUGUGACACCAA